AUGGGUUCUCCCAAACCACCACCCGAAUUCGACCGGAGAAUUCUCCACAACACCAGAACCAUAUUGAUGGAUACAUCAAAUGGGCUAUCAACAAUUGAGAUACACCCAUGGCACUUGCAUGGCCAUGAUUUCUGGGUGUUGGGUUAUGGGGAAGGAAGGUUUUCAGAGAAGGAGGUGAAGAAGUUCAACUUGAAGAAUCCACCAUUGAAGAACACAACUGUGAUCUUUCCUUACUGGUGGACUGUUGCAGAUAAUCCAGGAGUGUGGGCCUUUCAUUGUCAUAUAGAGCCUCACUUGCAUAUGGGUAUGGGUGUGGUUUUUGCUGAAGGUGUUCAUCUUGUUGGAGAGAUACCUGUUGGAGCUCUUGCUUGUGGUUUGACCGGUAAGAUGUUGAUGACCAACAAACAACACUGA